CUCGGUGUCAGCUGUGUGGAAUGUGACCCUCCCCCGCUACCCCUGAGGGUCCCGGGUGCAGCCACCAGCUGUUUCUCCCAUGUUUCCCUGACAUCUUUCCUCCUGCUCUGCUGUUGGAUCGGAAAGACUGCUGUAAGAUGUCUUCUACUCCAGAGCUGCAACCCUUCCUCUUCACCACGCUGCCCUACUUUCAGCCAGCCACUUCAUCAGUCCCGGCUUUGGCACUCAAUAGCACCUCUUGCGAGGAGGGGGAGCAGACCCACCACCUCCUUUUCCAUCUGGCGAGCCUGUCCUUGCUAUUGGGUCUCGUCAUCCCCACCACCCUUGCCCUGCACAUGAUCCUGUUGCGCCUCCUCUUGAUGACAGGAUGUACUCUCUUCAUUGUGUGGGCGGCACUGUACAGGUGCAACCUGGAUGUGAUGGUUUGGAAUGUGGUGUUUCUGGUGGUCAACUUCAUGCACCUGUUCUUCCUCCUGUACAAGCGAAGACCGAUUAAAAUCGACAGGGAGUUGCAGUCUGUCUACAAGCGGAUGUUUGAGCCGCUCCAUGUGCAGGAGGCUCUUUUUCAGAGGCUCACAGGGCAGUUCUGCACCAUACAGACUCUAAAGAAGGGCCAGGUUUAUGCUGCCGAGGAGAAAACAUCUGUGGACGAACGUCUCAGCAUUCUCAUCAAAGGAAAGAUGAAGGUAUUGUAUCGAGGUCAUUUUCUUCACAACAUCUAUACCAAUUCCUUCAUUGACUCGCCAGAGUUCAGGUCCACUGAAAUGCACAGAGGAGAGAAGUUUCAGGUGACCAUCAUGGCCGAGGAGAACUGUAAAUUCCUUUGUUGGUCUCGAGAGAGGCUCACCUACUUCCUGGAGUCCGAUACUUUCCUAAAUGAGGUGUUCAGAUACCUCAUCGGCAAAGACAUUACCAACAAACUGUACUCUCUAAAUGAUCCCACACUCAGUGACAAGGCUGUGAAGAAAAUGGACCGUCAGCCAAGCCUAUGCUCUCAGUUGUCUAUGACGCAAAUGAGGAACAGCAUGGCGAGCAACAGCGACACUGAUGAUGUCCUUAACCAGAUCCUACGAGGAGGUUCUGCUGGAUCAUCACUGCUUCGUCAAGCUCCUGAAGUGACACCACCCUCGUUGGCCUCAUCUUUGGUGGAGACGACUCCGCCUAAGGGUGAAGAUUGACCAACUGGCUCGACGCUCUAAACCAGGGGUGCCCAAUAGGUUGAUCACGAUCGACCAGUUGAUCACGAUCGACCAGUCGAUCUCGAAGGCAGUAUCAGUCGAUUGCGUGCCAUCAAAAAAAAUAAAUCACGUCACGCAUGCGUCUACUGUGGGAGAUGACCGAAACAAAUGCUAAUACUAAUUAGCGAUCCUUGCUUACUAAUGAACGCAUUUAAUUUCAUUCCAAAGCAACCCACGCUGACUCCAGUAAGGUAAUGACCUUGAAUGAGCGGGAUGCUUGUGACGGUUUCCUCCUGACAGAUGAGAGGCUCGUUGUUUUCUUCAUAUCGACUCAUUUUGCGCUGACAGCAGUGCCGCUGUUGUUUGGGAUCUCUUCACCCCCACCCCGGUCCUCGGAGGGGAGGGGGGGUAGAUCGCCAUGACUUGGUUAGUUGUUAGUUGAAAAGUAGCUUGCGAGCCUGAAAAGUGUGGGCACCCUUGCUCUAAGCACAUUGGAGAUGGUUGUGGAUUUCUAAAGAAUUGCAGCACCCACCUUCCCCAAUCACCCUGGGUGACUUCUGUUGUGGAGUCCUUCCGCCUCCUGGGCUCCAUCAUUAUCCAGCAACUCAAGUGGGAGCUGAACACCAGCUCCAUCACCAGGAAGGCUCAGCAGAGGAUGUCCUUCCUGAGACAGCUGAAGAAAUUCAACCUGCCAAAGACAAAGCUGGUGCUCUCCUACACGGCCAUCAUUCUGUCCAUCCUCUCCUCCUCCAUCACCGUCCACUGCCAAGGACAUGGACAGGCUGCAGAGUGUCAUCCACUCUGCAGAGAGGGUGAUCGGCUGCAAUCUGCCGUCCGUCAAAGGACGGCAGACGGCUUGUUUUCCUCCAGGACUCUGAGGCGGGUAAAAAAGAUUGUAGCCUGACCCCUCUCAUCCGGACACAGACUUUUUGAGCUACUUUCCUCGGACAGGAGGCUGUGGGCCUUUAGGACCAAGACCUUACGCCACAGAAACAGUUUCUUUCCCUCAUCAGCUGGUCUCAUAAACCGAGUACCCCACUGACCCAGACAUUACAUCCCCAGGACAUUUCCACAGUGGUUUCUUACCAUGGAAAUACAUGUGCAUACAUGUGUGUUUUAAU